AUGCUUAGAGCUGCCAAGCGGCUGGCGGAAGCCGGCUCUCGCCUCAAGGCGGUGCAGAACCAGCAGCAGAGGUUCCUCAAUGUCCACGAGUACCAAGGCGCGCAAAUCAUGAGCCAGUACGGCAUCAACGUGCCUCCGGGCAUCCCCGUGCAUAAGGUGGAGGAGGUGGGGCCGGCGGCGCAGAAAAUGGCGGACGAGAAUGGCGAGGUGGUGGUCAAGUCCCAGAUCCUGGCGGGCGGCCGCGGCCUGGGCAAGUUCACAAACGGGCUGCAGGGCGGCGUGCACAUCUGCAAGGCGUCGGAGGCGCCUUCCCUGGCGGCCAAGAUGCUGGGCGGCACGCUUUCGGGCGCCAAGGGCAAGCCGAUGGUGGAGGGCCUCAAGGUGACCACCGACAAGGCGGCGGCGGCGGAGCAGAUCAAGGGGCUGUACCGCCUGUUUGUGGAGAAGGACUGCACGAUGGUGGAGGUCAACCCGCUGGCAGAGACCGACACCGCCCUGGUGGCGGCGGACGCCAAGCUGGGGUUCGACGACAAUGCCGCCUUCCGCCAGCCCGAGCUGUUUGCGAUGCGGGACGAGAGCCAGGAGGACCCGCGCGAGGUGGCUGCCGCCAAGUAUGACCUGAACUACAUCGGCCUGGAUGGAUCCAUCGGCUGCAUGGUCAACGGCGCGGCUGCACGCGGCGCGCCCGCCAACUUUUUGGACGUCAAGGCCAUCCUGGUCAACAUCUUUGGCGGCAUCAUGCGCUGCGACGUCAUCGCCUCGGGCAUCGUCAACGCCGCCAAGCAGGUGGGCGUCCAGGUGCCGCUCAUCGUGCGGCUGGAGGGCACCAACGUGGAGCGGGGCAAGGAGAUCCUGGCGGGCAGCGGCAUGAACCUCAUCUCGGGGUCAGAUCUGGACGAUGCAGCCGCCAAGGCCGUGGCCUCCAUCGCGUGA